AUGGAGUCACUCACAAGCCUCGUUCUUGACUGCUGCGACCUUCACGAGCUGCCCGGAGACAUCGGGCAGCUUUCGAACCUGGUUUCGCUGAAGCUGUCCAGUAACAAUCUCGUUACUCUGCCCGACUCGUUCGGGCAGCUGGGGAAGCUGAAGGAAUUAGUAUUCAUGGAAUGCAACAGCCUGCUUGAGCUUCCAAACUCCUUUGCCAAUCUCUCCUCCUUGGAAACCCUUUUCAUCUACGGUGGGGCUUCUCUAGUAGACCUCCCUCCGGGUUUUGAAACCCUCCCGAAGCUGCGUACUCUCUACCUCUUCAACUGCGUUUUUGCGAGCCUGCCGGACAGGUUUGGGGACCUGCCGAGCCUGGAGGUGCUCAGGGUCGGGACAAAGGCAUCGUACAGCAGGAAUCGGCUCGAGACGGGCAGCGAAUCGGAUUACGGACCUGAGCUGGAAGGCGCGAGCGCCUUACACAUGCUUCCCCAGUCCCUGGUUCGCCUCACAGGCCUGGUAGAGCUCGUGUUGGAGGGGUGUGAGAUGCUGGAGGAGUUGCCGCCAGGUAUGGGGGGGUUGGCAAGCCUUAGAGUGCUCCAGGUGAAGAAUUGCCCUCAGCUGCGGCUCUUCCCGUCGCUUCUCUCCUCGCCCGUUCACAACCCUGCCGGAGAUUCUUCUACUCUUGGGACAGACCUCCCUGCUGCUGCUGGUGCUGCUGCUGUUGCUGCCACCACUGCGGCUGCUGCUGCUGCUGCUGCUGCUGCUGCUGCUGCCACUCCUGCUCUCCCAUUUCCAUCACUGGAGCAGCUGGAGAUUUCUGACUGCCCGCUGCUGGAGAGCCUACCAGAGGGCCUCCAUCUGCUGCCUAGACUGGAACACCUCGCUCUUGAAGACUGCACCGGCCUAAACCUCACACACCCGAGCCCCUUGCCACCCCCUUCAUCCCCACCCCCACAGAGCAACUCUGUUCUGUCCGCACUGUCCCCACCAUCGACCUCCUCCUCCUCCCCUCUUGUUGCGCCCAUCUCACUUCCGAGUUCCAUCAAAACCAUCAUCCUCUCAAACGUCUUCCAGUCAGCCCAGUUCCUCCCAGAGUCACUUUUUUCUCUCCGCCAGCUCACCCACUUGAACAUCUACGACCUUCCAUCUCUCCAGCAGCUGAUUGCCCCUUCCCUUGUGACCCAGUCCUCAGCCCACGCCCAAGCCACCCACGAUGACCACAUCUUCACAUCGCCCAACCUUCCUGCACUCCCUGAAACCGUGGGCAAUCUGGUGCAGCUAAGAGUGCUGCUGCUAGAGGAGUGUCCUGCCAUGGUCUCCCUUCCCACGUCCCUCACUAGCCUCUCCAAUCUCCAACAACUCACACUCAAGUCCCUCCCCUUGCUGACCCACCUGCCCGAGAAUAUCGGGCAGCUUAAAGCCCUGCGCGAUCUGAGUCUGGAUUCCUGCCAAGCUCUUAAAGCCCUGCCGCCCUCCGUCACCAUCCUCUCCUCCCUCAUGCGUCUCACCAUCGCAGACUGUCCCGACUUUACCUGCCUCGCGGAUUCCAUCUCCUCUCUCUCCAGCCUUGCCUCUCUCACACUCAAACGCCUUGCUUUCCUCCGUCGCCUCCCCUCCCCACUCUCCCUCCCGCACCUCAUCAAGCUCUCCCUGCAAGGGUGCAAGCGGCUGAGGGCUCUGUCCAGCGACUUGGGCAGUUUGUCCUGUCUGAGGGAGGUGGAUCUGGACGGGUGUACACAGUUUAAGGAGCUGCCAGUGUCGCUGGUGGAUCGUAUGAAUGUGAUUACAGUGAAGGGUUCUUGGGGGUGGCACCUGUAG